GGCAGCUCUGGCUUCCAUGUGCUCAGGGAAGAACUUCAUUUCUGCCCCUCAAUUUCUCAGGAACACCUAUUAGCAGACAGGUCCUACUUUCGUCACAAGGGGAAACUUAAGGCCUGCUCUUCAGACUCCCACUUUCUCUCUGAAGUGCCACAGAGAUAACUGCCCCAGCUCAAAGUAGCCCAACAGCUGGAAAGCCUGAGACGAAUCCAGCUCCUUGCAGGCCAGCCAUGGAACUGCUCUGGACGCCACUGCUGCUGGUAGCUGCUUGCCUCUCUGAGGUCCUUGGCUCACCGGGAAUAGACACAGGCCUCAACAUUUCCAGGCCUGUGCACAUCCUGGAGGAUCAUAAUUUGAUGGUGCUGACUCCUGCAGGCCUAACACAGACAGUGCAGGAGACCCGCUUCCUAAUGGUGAUUUUCCACAAUCCAUCCUCGAAGCAGUCCCAGAAGCUGGCUGAAGAGCUGGGCAGAGCCUCGGAGAUCAUCGGCAAGGGCAAGAAUGGCUUGGGCUUUGGCAAAGUGGACAUCACUGUGCAGACCGAGCUUAAGCAGGAGUUUGGCAUCAAGCAGGCCCCAGAGUUGAAGCUGUUUUUCGAGGGCAACAGGUCUGAUCCCAUCAGUUGCAAAGACGUGGUCGAAUCUACAGCUUUGGUUGUUUGGUUGAGAAGGCAAUUUCUCCACAAAGCACGUCUAUUUAACAACAGUGAGGAAGUGGCAGAUUUUGUGAAAUCCAGGCCCUUGGUCAUCGUUGGCUUCUUCCAGGAUUUAGAGGAAGAAGUAGCAGAACUGUUUUAUGACAUGAUCAAGGACUUCCCAGAGCUAACAUUUGGAAUGAUAGAAAUAAAAAAUGCUUUCGGGCGUUUCCAUGUGAUCCUUGACAGUGUCCUGGUGUUUAAAAAGGGAAAAAUUGUGAAACGUCAAGAGCUUAUUAAUGACAGUACCAACAAAGAUUAUCUCAAUCAAAUUGUGAAACAACAGCUUACAGAUUUUGUGAUUGAAUACAAUCCUGAGAAUAGGGAUCUGAUUUAUGAACUGAGCAUCUUGAAUCACAUGUUGCUCUUUAUCUCCAAAAACUCAGAGUCAUACAGCAUCAUAAUCAGGCAUUACAGAAUGGUUUCAAAGGAAUUCCAGAACAAGAUUCUUUUUAUCCUUGUGAAUGCGGAUGAACCAAAAAACAAACGCAUCUUCGAGUACUUCCGGAUCUCAACAGUCAAUGUCCCAUCUGUUCAAAUCCUGAACUUGAGCUCUGAUGCCAGGUACAAAAUGCCCACAGAUGACAUAACCUUUGAAAACCUCAAAAAAUUCUGCCGGAACUUCCUCAGCAAAACUGCCAAGAAACACAAAUCCAGUGAAGAGAUUCCAAAAUAUUGGGACCAAGGGCCAGUUAAGAAGCUUGUGGGGAAGAACUUCAAUGUGGUUGUCUUUGAUAAGGAGAAGGAUGUGUUUGUGAUGUUCUAUGCUCCUUGGUCUGAGAAGUGCAAAGCAUUAUUCCCACUGCUGGAAGAGUUAGGCAUGAAGUACCAAAACCACUCCACAAUCCUCAUCGCCAAGAUUGACAUAACAGCAAAUGACAUUCAGCUGGCCAACCCAGAUCAGUAUCCAUUCUUCAGGCUUUUCCCUACUGACUCACAAGAGGCUGUCCUGUAUAAAGGAGAACACACUGUGAAGGACUUUUGUGACUUCCUGGAACGCCAUGUCAAGAUUAGGAUUGAGGAAGAGGAUGAGCUAUUGUCCAUUGAUCAAAAUGAAGUGAUAGAGGAGGAAGUGAUAGCUGAGCCAGAGACCCAGAUCUUCGAGAAGUUGCCUGAACAGCAGUUGCUCAAGCUGGAGGGUGCAACCGUAGAAGUCAGGCAAGCAAAAGAGUCACCUGUGCUGGAGAGCAUAAGCAAGCUGGCAGAGCCAGUGAGAAGGACAGAAACAGCUGAGAAGGAGGAGGAGGCUCAGCGGAAGCAACCACCUCAACCAGGGAGGAAGCCGGAAGUCAAAGAAGAACUUUAGCUUCUCAGAAGCCAGGAAGGAAGGAGCCUAAUUCCAGUUCCUGGCAACAGUU